AGCCCAGGCGGGGUGGGGGAAGGGCAGGGGCGGCGCCGAGGGGAAUGAAUAAUUGAAGUAUUAGGGAGGAGGAAGAAGAAGAGGAAGAAGAAGAGGAGGCGGGAGCCGCCUGCACAGGGUCCUCCCCACUCCGCACCCCACCCCCCUCCGCCGCCCGGAAGUCGCUCCCCGCCUCCUGCUCCGCCAACAUGGCCGCGAAGUCGGAUGGAGCGGUGGCCGCGGCCGGCCCGGGGCCGGAGGGGGCGGCCGGAGGACCCCGGGGCAGUGCAGGAGGGCGCGGGGAGGCGACAGAGUCAGCCGGGGGGCCCGGGGUGACGGGGGCGGGGGGCCCGGGGCCGCGCUACGAGAUGCGGGACUGCUGCUGGGUGCUGUGCGCGCUGCUCGUGUUCUUCUCCGACGGCGCCACGGACCUGUGGCUGGCGGCCUCCUAUUACCUGGAGGGUCAGCACACCUACUUCGGCCUCACGUUGCUGUUUGUGCUCCUGCCCUCGCUUGUCGUGCAACUGCUCAGCUUCCGCUGGUUCGUCUACGACUAUACGGAGCCCGCGGGGGCCCCGGGACCCGCCGUCAGCACCAAGGACAGCGGCACCGGUGGGCCGGUCAUCAGCACCAAGGACAGCGCCGUCGCCUUCCGGACCAAAGAAGGCAGUCCUGAGCUGGGCUCCCGACCCGCGCCCUCCUCUGCCAGCACCUACCGCCGCCGUUGCUGCCGCUUCUGCGUCUGGCUGCUGCAGACCCUCGUCCACCUCCUGCAGCUCGGCCAGGUCUGGAGGUACCUGCGCACUGUGUACCUGGGGCUGCAGAGCCGCUGGCGCGGGGAGCGGCUGCGGCGCCACUUCUACUGGCGGAUGCUGUUCGAGAGCGCCGACGUGAGCAUGCUGCGCCUGCUGGAGACCUUCCUGCGCAGCGCGCCGCAGCUCGUGCUGCAGCUCAGCCUGGUGGUGCACGAAGGCGGCGCGCCCAAACUGCUGCCCGCCCUGUCCAUCUCCGCCUCGCUCGUGUCCCUGGCCUGGACGCUGGCCUCCUACCAGAAGGUGCUGCGGGACUCACGGGACGACAAGCGGCCGCUGUCCUACAAGGGCGCCGUGGCCCAGGUGCUAUGGCACCUGUUCGCCAUCGCGGCCCGCAGUCUGGCCUUCGCGCUUUUCGCCAGUGUCUACAAGCUCUACUUUGGCAUUUUCAUCGUGGCCCACUGGUGCGUCAUGACCUUCUGGGUCAUCCAGGGUGAGACGGACUUCUGCAUGUCUAAGUGGGAAGAGAUCAUCUACAACAUGGUAGUGGGCAUCAUCUACAUCUUCUGCUGGUUCAAUGUCAAGGAGGGCCGCAGCCGCCGCCGCGUGACCCUCUAUUACUGCAUCGUUCUGCUGGAGAACGCCGCGCUCACCGGCUUCUGGUACUCCAGCCGCAACUUCUCCACCGACUUCCACUCACUCAUUCUGGUCUGUGUGGUGGCCUCCAGCUUCGCGCUGGGCGUAUUCUUCAUGUGUGUCUACUAUUGUCUCCUGCACCCCAACGGGCCCAUGCUGAGUCCCCAGGCCCCCGGCUGCAUCUUCCCUAAGGCCCCAGGGCCCUGUGGCCCACCAGCCGACGCUGUCACAAGUCCCCCAAGGUCCCUGCCCAGGACUACAGGCCCUGAGCGGGAUGGGGCCUCCGUGGGAGGCGAGCGUGCGGGGACCCCCACGCCACCUGUCUUCCAGGUGCGGCCUGGCUUGCCUCCCACACCUGUGGCCCGCACCUUGCGGACAGAGGGGCCUGUCAUUCGGAUUGACCUGCCUCGGAAGAAGUACCCCGCCUGGGAUGCUCAUUUUAUUGACCGCCGGCUCCGGAAGACCAUCCUGGCGCUGGAGUACUCCUCACCCACAACGCCCCGCCUGCAGUACCGGAGCGUCGGGACCUCCCAGGAGCUGCUGGAGUACGAGACCACAGUGUAGGCCAGAGUUCCCCGAGGAAAGGGAUGAACUUUGGCUGAUCCCACAUCGACCACAGUGUUGAGCCCAGAAUUGCAGGGCCACCAGGCUGAGGGCGAGUGGAUCUGUGGGUCCAAGGGUAGAGUGGCCCCCAUCAUUGGGUUCUUUCUUGGGAGGGGACAGCCUUGUGGAGCCCCAGCCCUUGGCCCUGUUUUCAACCCUGCGGCCCAUUUCCUAAACUCUUUGGAACCAGGGCCCAGGGAACCAACUGGUGCUACACUCCUCGUGAGCUGCCCCACGUUCAUGGAGGCCUCUGUAUCACGGCUGGUGCCAGGGGCCCCACACCUCUCCCUGCCUGGAGUUGGCCACCUGGCAGCCCUGGCGGAUCCACCAGAGGAGGGAGUUCAUGACCUAGGCCCUGUGCUCCUCAGGGGGUGUGGGGGUGGGCUGCCUCUGAGAAGGAUGGAAGAGGCCACCGAAGAUGUGGGGUGAGGUGGGAGCGUCUGGUGAACGAGGUUGGUACAGCCCUUGGGGGUCGAAGCCUGGAGCCUGGGCAAGAGGGGAAU